AUGGAAGGCGAGGGACCCCGACACCGGCAUAGGAGUGCCAAUGAAGCCACCGACGAGGCCGACGCCUCCCUGGAGCGCAUGGGAAUCAAAUCGGACCUGCAUCGGGACUCCUUUUCUAGUCUCUCGAUGCUGGGGAUGGCAUUUGCGAUCGUUAAUUCAUGGUGUGCCAUUGGCACGACAGUCAAUGCAUCUCUGCCCUCUGGUGGCCCCAGCAGCGCCGUUUGGGGCAUCGCGGUCGCAGGCAUUUUCAAUCUGUGCUGCGGCGUGUCGCUUGCCGAGUUUCUAUCAGCGUAUCCCACUGCUGGUGGCCAGUAUCACUGGGCUGCUGUUGCGAGCUGGAAGUCGACCAGACGCGCCGUCAGCUACAUCACUGGCUGGAUCAAUCUUGCUGCGUGGGUCUGUCUGGCAGCGUCCAACUGCCUGCUGGUCAGUGGAAUAAUAAUGAGUUACGCCCAGCUGGUCUAUCCUGCAUUCGAGCCAACGCCGUGGCAGCGGUUUCUACUGUAUAUCGCGAUUGAUGUGAUUGCGUUCAGCUACAACCUGCUGGCCAACCGCUUCCUCGCCCACUUGAACAAAUACAACAUGUUCUUUACUCUCGCCGGCUUCAUCAUGAGCCUAGCUACGAUUCUCGCGUGCGCGUCUCCGAAUUUCCAGAGCGGCGAAUUUGUAUUUGGUGGCUUCAUCAACCAGUCUGGAUGGCCGGACGGUUGGGCCUGGCAGCUGGGCCUCUUACAGGGUGCGUUCUCGGUCACUGCGUACGACUCGACGAUCCAUAUGAUUGAGGAAAUGCCGAAUCCGACGACUCAAGGGCCGAGACUUAUCAUCUAUGCCAUCGUGAUGGCCGUCAUCACUGGCUUUGGGUAUAUCGCCGCAGUGCUGGCUGUCAUGAACGACAUUCCCUCCGCCAUCGAAGCCCCAGAGCCUCUGCUUGAGAUAUACUACCAGGCCACGCAGAACAAGGCCGGCAGCAUCUGCUUGAUGAUGUUUCCGCUGCUCUCGUUUGUGCUGUGCGCCAUCGACGACACAGCCACCGCUGCCCGCAUGGCAUACGCUCUCGCCCGCGACGGGGGCAUGCCCUUUAGUCGCCACUUUGAGCGCGUGAGUCCCAGGUUUGGCGUGCCUGUCGUUGGGCUCGUCUGGUGUUUUUGCUGGGUUAUCGUGCUUGGGCUCAUCUUCCUCGGCUCUGAUAAUGCCUUUAAUGCGAUUAUUUCUGCGGCCGUGGUCUGCUUCACCAUUACCUAUGCCAUUCCACCUGGCAUUAAUCUGCUCCGUGGCCGUCGCAUGCUACCUGAAAAUCGUAGCUUCAAGCUGCCGAAUGUCGUUGGCUAUAUCUGCAAUAUCGCGGACGUCGCCUGGGCCUUGUUGACUCCGGUGCUCUUCGUAUGGCCGACGUCGAACCCCGUCGACCCGGUCAAUAUGAACUACUGUGUUGUUGCUUUCGGUGUUAUUCUCGUUAUCGCUGGGUCGAACUGGAUCCUCAGCGCUCGCAAGUCCUACCGGCCUCCUGCUCUGGAACUGGUCAAUAGCCAGCCUGUAGAGAUUGACGCUGAUGCAAGUACGGACGAGAACAAAUGGGAUAGCAAGGACGGCCAUCAUUACGAAAAGGCCGAGUGA